AUGGAGCCGAAGAAGGAUCUGUGCCAGAGGCGCCCCGAGACCGAAAUGCAGCACGAAGGGAAAGAGAAGGAAGGUAAAGAGGAGGAGGAGGUGGAGGAGGAGGAGGAGGAGGAGGAGGAGGAGGAGGAGGAGGAGGAGGAGGAGGAGGAGGAGGAGGAGGAGGAGGAGGAGGAAGCAGAGAAUGAGUUGGAGGAGGACCAGGAGGAAGAGGUGGAGGAAGGGAAAGAGCAGCAGGUUGAAGGGAAAGAGCAGCAGGUUGAAGGUAAAGCUGCCGCGGAGCCCUGUGUGCCAGGGGAGCAGUGCCCCGAGUGCGGGCAGAGCCUCCCGCCCGGCUGGCAGCCGGGGAAGCAGCAGUGCCCCCAGCCUGGCACCCAGCGCUUCAUCUGCAGCCACUGCGGCCAGAGGCGCUCCAACCUCCGGCGGCGUCGGGGAGCAAUGCAGCCGGACCCCAAGCUUCGGCUGGUGUGCUGCGUGUGUGGCAAGAGCUUUGCCAGCAGCUCUGAUCUCAGACGUCAUAGUCACAUUCACACAGGGGAGAAGCCAUACAGCUGUAAUGUCUGUGGUAAGAGCUUUGCCAGCAGCUCUGGUCUCAGCAGGCACCGGCAAAUGCAUGCUGAGAAGAAGCAGUUCCCCUGCCGUGACUGUGGUAAGAGCUUCACCAACAGCACUGCUCUCCUUGAGCACUGGCACGUGCACAGCGGGGAGAAGCCAUACAGCUGCGAUGAGUGUGGCAAGAGCUUUGCCAGUAGCUCUACUCUCAGGUAUCACCGCCAGACACACGCUGGGAAGAAGUUCCCCUGUGGUGACUGCGGCAAGAGCUUCAGCAGCAAAUCUACUCUCAAUUUUCACCGCAACAUCCACACUGGGGAGAAGCCUUACAGCUGUGGUGAGUGUGGCAAGAGCUUCUCCAGCAGUACUGCUCUCAGAGUACAUCGCCGAAACCAUGCUGGGGAGACAUUCCCCUGUGCUGAGUGUGGAAAGAGCUUCCCCUUCAGUUCCCACCUUAAGCGUCACCGCCUCAUCCACACCGGCGAGAAGCCGUACGGCUGCGAUGAGUGCGGCAAGAGCUUUGUCAGCAACGUUUCUCUCAGUUACCACCGCUUCUUGCACACCGGGGAGAAGCCAUACAGAUGUGGUGACUGCGGCAAGAGCUUCGUCCACAGCUCUGCUCUCAUCUGUCACCGUUACCUCCACACCGGGGUCAGUCCAUACAGUUGCAGUGACUGCGGCAAGGGCUUCAGCAGCAUCACUUACCUCAAAGUCCACCAUCGCAUUCACACCGGGGAGAAGCCGUUCCACUGCGAUGACUGCGGCAAGAACUUCACCACCAAAUCCCAGCUGAGGAGUCACCGCCAUAUCCACAUCAGGGAGAAGCUGUAUGGCAGCAGUGAACCUGGCAAGAGCAUUCUCCACAGCUCUGCUCUCAGUCAUCACUGCCUCAACCACAUCGGAGUGAACCUGCACAUCUGCGGUGAAUGUGGCAAGACCUUCGGCAGCAUCACUGAUCUCAGAAUUCACCAUCGCAUUCACACUGGGGAGAAGCCAUUCCACUGUGGUGACUGUGGCAAGAACUUCACCACCAAAUCCCAGCUGACCAAUCACCACCGCAUCCACACCGGGGAGAAGCUGUACACCUGUGCCGACUGCGGCGAGAGCUUCCGGCAGAGCUACACCCUGACCAUGCACCUGCGCAGCCGCAGGCACCAGAAGAAGAGCAGUAACAAAGCAUCCAAGGGUCCCCACUCCCUGGCGGGGAUCGAAGGCAUCGCGAUAGUGCCGAGAGCGGCGCCGGGAUCUCGGCCUUGCAGUUUCCGGGCUCCAUUGUUGGGCGGCCUCAGGCUGCUGCUGGCCCCAUCCGGCCUCGGGCUGUCGGGACCCGUGGAUGGCAGCAGACUGAGACCCUGCAGCAUGGAGCCGAAGAAGGAUCUGUGCCAGAGGCGCCCCGAGACCGAAAUGCAGCACGAAGGGAAAGAGAAGGAAGGUAAAGAGGAGGAGGAGGAGGAGGAAGCAGAGAAUGAGUUGGAGGAGGACCAGGAGGAAGAGGUGGAGGAAGGGAAAGAGCAGCAGGUUGAAGGUAAAGGUGCCGCGGAGCCCUGUGUGCCAGGGGAGCAGUGCCCCGAGUGCGGGCAGAGCCUCCCGCCCGGCUGUCAGCCGGGGAAGCAGCAGUGCCCCCAGCCUGGCACCCAGCGCUUCAUCUGCACCCACUGCGGCCAGAGGCGCUCCAGCCUCCGGCGGCGUCGAGGAGCAACGCAGCCGGACCCCAAGCUUCGGCUGGUGUGCGGCGAGUGUGGCAAGAGCUUUGCCAGCAGCUCUGCUCUCAGCCGGCACCGGCAAAUGCAUGCUGGGAAGCAGUUCUCCUGUGGUGACUGCGGCAAAAGCUUCACCACCAGCUCUGCCCUAAUCCGGCACUGGAACGGCCACACCAGGGAGAAUCCAUACAGCUGCAGGGAGUGUGGCAAGAGUUUCACCACCAGUUCCCGCCUUAACAGUCACCAUUGCGUCCACGCUGGAGAGAAGCUCUACGGCUGUAGUGAGUGUGGCAAGAGCUUUACCAGAAACGCUUAUCUCAUACGUCACAGUCGGAUCCACAGCGGGGAGAAGCCAUUCAGCUGUGGUGUCUGUGGCAAGAACUUUACCAGGAGCUCUGAUCUCAGCAGGCACCGGCAAACACAUGCUGAGAAGAAGCAGUUCCCCUGCCGUGACUGUGGGAAGAGCUUCACCAACAGCACUGCUCUCCUUGAGCACUGGCAUGUGCACACCGGGGAGAAGCCAUACAGCUGCACUGUCUGUGGCAAGAGCUUUACCAGCAGCUCUACUCUCAGCUAUCAUCGCCAAAAACAUGCUGGGAAGAAGUUCCCCUGUGGUGACUGCGGCAAGAGCUUCAGCAGCAAAUCUGCUCUCAAUUAUCACCGCAACAUCCACACUGGGGAGAAGCCUUACAGCUGUGGUGAGUGUGGCAAGAGCUUCUCCAGCAGCUCUGCUCUCAGAGUGCAUCGCCGAAACCAUGCGGGGGAGACAUUCCCCUGUGCUGAGUGUGGAAAGAGCUUCACUGUCAGGUCCCGCCUUAAGCGUCACCGCCUCAUCCACACCGGCGAGAAGCCAUACGGCUGCAAUGACUGUGGCAAGAGCUUUGUCAGCAACUUUUCUCUCAGUUACCACCGUCUCCUGCACACUGGUGAGAAGCCAUACAGCUGCGGUGACUGCGGCAAGAGCUUUGUCCACAGCUAUGCUCUCAUCCGUCACCGCCGCAUCCACACUGGGGUGAAGCCCUACAGCUGCGGUGAGUGCGGCAAGGGCUUCAGCAGCAUCACUGAUCUCAGAAUCCACCAUCGCAUUCACACCGGGGAGAAGCCGUUCCACUGCGAUGACUGCGGCAAGAACUUCACCACCAAAUCCCAGCUGACCAGUCACUACCGUGUCCAUGCCAGGGAGAAGCCAUAUGGCAGCAGUGAACCUGGCAAGAGCAUUCUCCACAGCUCUGCUCUCAGUCAUCACCGCCUCAACCACAUCGGAGCGAACCUGCACAUCUGCGGUGAGUGUGGCAAGACCUUCGGCAGCAUCACCGACCUCAAAGUUCACCACCGCAUUCACACCGGGGAGAAGCCAUUCCACUGUGGUGACUGUGGCAAGAACUUCACUACCAUAUCCCAGCUGACCAAUCACCACCGCAUCCACACCGGGGAGAAGCCGUACAGCUGCGCCGACUGCGGCGAGAGCUUCCGGCAGAGCUACACCCUGACCAUGCACCUGCGCAGCCGCAGGCACCAGAAGAAGAGCAACAACAAAGCAUCCAAGGGUCCCCACUCCCAGUGACACUUGGAUGUGCCCAGCAGCCAUGUGCCCUUCCUGCCCUCCUGACAGUGCUGGUGCCAGGAUGCCCUGCUGGUAGAGCUGCCCCAACCGUAACCAUUCUGCCAUGAUUUGCUGUGCUGGGAUGUGUGGUUGCUCUCAGCCAGCACUGUCACCUCCACACUGGGGAGAAGCCAUACAUCUGCAAUUUGCUGUCCUGGGAUGAGGGGUGGCUGCACCAGUAGCACCAGUUGCUGCUGUGCCAUCCAGAGGCACAUCCAACCUGGAUUUUUUUUGCAAUUCUGAUUCAGUGACUCUGAGGUCCUGGAGCAGAGGCUGUGGCUUAGGUAGUCCAGGCCACAUUGCCCUGGUGUUGGCAACCAGUAGAAAAGGGGGUUGGGGGUGGGAGGAGUACAAACAGCAGAAGGUCUCAUGGCUACUGAAGAAGCAGCAGCAGCAAUCUGUCAAGGUCCUACUCAAGUGAGUCAUCGCCUGCUGUCCUGUGUCUCAUUUUGGGGCCUCAAACACAAGGAUCUGGAGUAGCAGCAGAGCCCUCACAGCCACCAAUCACCGCAGUGGCACCAUUAACCCGAGCAGCACCAGUAACCGCAGUGGCGGCGCUAAGACCAGUGGCAGCCUCUACCGCAGCACCGUCGCUCCCUGUUGCCAGGCGGAGCUCCCAAAUGAGCCUUUCUUUACAGAAGCAGUGGGGCCCUGGAGCUGAGAGGGGAUUGGAGCUAUUGCGUCAGUGCUGAGAACGGCGCCAGGAUCUUGGCCUUGCAGCUUCCUGGGCUCCCUUGCUGGGUGGCCUCAGGCUCAUGUCUUCCCCCUCUGGUCAUGGGCACUCAGGUCCCAGUGGUGAUAGCGGAGUGGGACACUGAGCAUGGAGUCUCAGAAGGAGUUGGACCAGAGCUGCCCAGAGCUCAAAAGGAAGCAGGAAGAGGAGAAAAAAGAGAAAGAGGAGGAGGAGGAGGAAGAAAAAGUUACCCUCAGAGCAAAUGGAGCCUCCCAUCCGUCUGCCUGCUGGGGAAGCAGAAAUGCCUUCAGCCUGGCAGCAAUUCACUGUGGCCAGAGCACUACAACACCCAGCGGCAGUGAGAAGGUAACCAGCCGGGCUACAAGCUGCAGCUGGUCUGUGGUGGGUGUGGCAAGAGCUUUGCCAGUAGCUCUGCUCUCAGCCAGCACCCCCAGAAACAUGUUGGAAAGAAGCAGUUCCCCUGUGGUGGCUGUGCUAAGAGCUUCACCACCAGUUUCAACCUUAAUAGUCACCACCUCAUCCACACCGGGAAGAAGCCAUGCAGGUGCAUUGGUGCAUUGAUUGUGGCAAGAGCUUUACCAG